AUGUGGAAAUAUGUGACUCGUCGUAUUAGAGACGUUUUAGAGAAGAGUGUAAAUCAUUUUGAUAAAAGAAGCUCUACAGGCGUAGUAAAUUCAGCUGGAACUGGAAGUGGCCUUUCAGAAGAACAAAAUAAACGUUCAGGAACACCAUGCUGCUGGCUUAAUUCAAGAAAAUGUUGGAAAUCAUUUUACAAUGAUAACGGUACUAAAAGCAAGAAAUGGAACUUCGAUGAUUUAAAUUGCUCUUGGAUAGGUGCCAUAACAUGGAGUAGUGCUUUAGUUAUUGGAUGGUAUACUAGCCAGCUCAUACAUUUGAAACUAAAGUACAAGCACAAUACUAGUUUGAAGCGAUGUCAACCAACAAAUUGUUUACUCUCCACUUUGCACCCUUACAUAGAUUAUUUCAGUAAGAGUGCAGUUUCUUUGAAUUCAUCUAAGGCAAUUGAAAAAGCAAUAGCAAACAUUCCCUUACAAGUUCACUUAAUAUCAAAUGAACACAAAGAAGUGAAUGAGAAGCCAGCAAGUAGCUGCAAUAGCAGCAGCUCCACAGAUGAUGAACUUGGAGAUGUUUUAAAUUCUAUAGAGAAUAGGCUUGGGUUGGCAGCCAUUGAAAAUGGUCAACAUCAAGAUGGUUUGAAUUUACUAAGAUCUGCUGCGAAUCGUAAUCAUGCACCAGCUCUUUUUAAUUUGGGCUUGUGCUAUGAAAUGGGCUUAGGAGUUUCCAUUGAUGAAAAAAUAGCAAUGGAUUUGUAUCGUUUGGCUGCUGCUCAACAGCAUCCUGGUGCACUGUAUAAUCUAGGGAUUUAUUAUGGUCAAGGACGGGGUGGACUAGCCCGUGACACAGCUACUGCAAAGCGAUUACUGCGUUUGGCUGCUGUCCAGGGUCAGCAAGAUGCUAUCAAAGCCCUUAAGGGUCUUGAGGACGAUGUAUCUGAACUUUCAUAUGGUAAAGAUGUUGAUUCUAGUGCAUUACAUUCUCCAAACGAAAAUAUUGUACCAACACAAUCAGCGCUUUUCAUUGAAAAUAAUAACACACUGCAAGGACAGAAUUACAAUUACAAUACUUUAGUAUACUGA